GCUUCAUGGAACCCGUACGGUGAUAUUUCGAUGCAAUAUAGGUGCAUUCUUACCAAGACCUUUAACACCGAGUAAUGUCACCGAAAGGUGUCACGAGCUUACUAUCGUGAGAUAGCAGCAAGGCGUCUUGAACUGCGCAGAAGCUCUGAGCAUAAAAGACACCACCAACCCCCUCUACAGUUCAGACACAGCUUCCCGCAGAUCACAUCAACACAGUUUUUACAUCAACACACACUCUCUUUGUCAAUUUAGUGGCCUUUCGCUCUAUCACUCUUUUACACCAAAAUGCAUUUCACUACAAUCUUAUCUGCCUUUGCAGCAGUUUCAGGCGUCCUGGCAGCUCCCGCUCCAACUCAGCUUGAUACUCGCGCUGUAGUCCCGCACAACUCCCUCAACCCAAUCCGGACCCGCCUGCAAGGAGGAGCGAUUGGUCGUGCCAUUCUGAGGUUCCAGCCCUUGCUUCACAUUGCUCACGGCUGCCAGCCCUACACUGCAGUUGACGACAAUGGCAACACCAGUGGAGGUCUCCAGGAUACUGGAAAUGUCAGCGCCGGAUGCCGUGACCAAAACAAGGGCCAGACCUAUGCUCGAGCAGCAUGGCACAAGGGCAAGUUCGCUAUCAUGUACGCGUGGUACUGGCCCAAGGACCAGCCAACCGCUGGCAACGUCGUAGGCGGCCACCGCCAUGACUGGGAGAGUGUUGUCGUCUGGAUUGACAACCCAGCGAACGCCAAUCCCCGUAUCCUCGGUGCUGCUGCAUCCGGCCAUGGCGGUUACUCGCCCACCACGCGCCCCAACAUUCAAGGCAACAACGUCAAAGUGGAGUACUUCGUCAGGUUCCCCUACAACCACGCUACGCAGUUUACCAACACCGUCGGUCGCACCUACUGGAUCAGCGACUGGGAUGCUAUGCCGACCGCUGCUAGGCAAGCUCUUGCUCCCAGGGACCUCUUUGGAAAGGCAAAUGUACCUUUCAGGAACGACGUCUUCGCUAGCAACUUGGACAAGGCUUAUGUCUAGGUGUUAGAUCUGAACAGUUACCUCCUUGGUUCCUGACUUACUUUUCUGGACAAUAUCGAUCAUAUCGUUUGUGUUAUUGGCGAUGGGGUAGCUGUAAGUAGCUACUUGUCCGUGGGCUAUCGAUCUGGAUGGGAUAUCAUUUCCAGAUACAGUGUGCUUCUAAUCUCUGCCGUUUUACAUUGUUGUUGUUAGGGCUUCUGCGUUUAUUUCUAUGUGUUUUGUUUUUGUUUCAGAAGAUAGAGAAACCAGGUUACACGUGCGCUAUAUACAUUAUGCUUAACCAUAUAACAUGCCAC